CUCAGUCAUGGUUUUACGUUCAACUGGAAGUUCCACUAUUAGAUCCAGAUAUAAGAACCGGUAAGAUGUUACAAGCUGAGCAUCGAAUAAAAUCGAGACAUAAAAAAUACAGAACAACAACAAUGUAUGAUCGAGAAAAUGAAGUGAAAUUCGAGGAUUUUAAGCCCAGUGAGUUUAAACCAAAUGAAUUUGUGUCAUGCAGAAAAGAGUAUUCGUCAAAAAUUGAGUUUCCGACGCCAACAAUUAUAAUUCCUGCUCCACAGAAUGACCUAACGGCUUUACGUAAUACAUUUCGAAGUGCAAUUACCGUUAAAAUAAUGUAUAUUGUUACAGGAGAACCACAUGUAGUUAAAACACUGAAGUCCCCUACAACCACAAAAAGAGCCUCACAUUUUUCUGUAAGGACCUAUGAAAAUAUUAUCAAGAAAAUGACACUCGCUAAAUUUCAAUGCCAUUUAAAACAAUUAAAUUGGAGUGAAAAGAUUAUGGAUUAUUCUUGGGAUAUUAAAAACCCAGAAAAAAAUGAAGCAGUAAUUGUUGCUGAGGAAUUAAAACAUUCGCGAUUUUUGGAAAAAAGAAAUAGUAGAAAUGCAUCGAAAAUAAAAAAUUCAGUAUCACCGAUACCUUCUUUUUUGACUGUUCAUGUUGGAUUUGGAUUAUCUCGUCUUGAAACAAUAUCAAAACCACCGAUACCAACAAAGUUACAGAAGUAA